UGGCUGCAGGUGCUGUCCCGUCAGACGGCGGAGGGGCGUGACGGGCUGGCAGCGAGCUCGUGUCCCGCCCCAGGCCCGCAGCUGCGGCCGGACUCGGAGCGUGGGGAGCCGGGGCCGCUGCGCUGCAGGGAGCUGCGCCGCGGGGCCUGCCGGACAGACGGGCGCCAUGGUGGAGUACUACCAAGUGCUGGGCGUGCCCCGGAACGCCUCCUCGGACGACAUCAAGAAGGCGUACAGGAAGGCGGCGCUGAAAUGGCACCCGGAUAAGAACCCGGAGAACAAGGAACACGCCGAGCGGAAGUUCAAAGAGAUCGCGGAGGCCUACGAAGUGCUGUCAGACAAGGAGAAGCGAGACAUCUACGACCGCUAUGGCAAGGAAGGCCUCAUGGGAGCAGCAGGGCCUGGGGGAUCAAGAGCCGACGUGGGAGUCCCCGAAUUCACCUUCACCUUCCGCAGCGCCCACGACGUCUUCCGGGAGUUCUUCGGCGGGCGGGAUCCCUUCGCUGACCUCUUCGAUGAGAUGCUGCCGUUCUCAGAGCUGCGGGGAACUGGCCUCCGACACCCCGGAUCAGGCUCCUUCUUCUCCUCUUUCCCGGCAUCCUCAGAUUUCUUCUCCUCGUCCUUCAGCCCCGGCACCGAGCCCGGAAUCGGCUUCCGCUCGGUUUCCACCUCCACCACCUUCGUCAACGGCAAACGCAUCACCACGAAGAGGAUUGUGGAGAACAGGCAGGAGCGGGUGGAGGUGGAAGAGGACGGGGAGCUGAAAUCGAUCCACGUUAAUGGUGUCCCUGACGACAUGGCGCUGGGGCUGGAGCUGAGCCGCCGGGAGCAGCAGGCCCUCCUGGGCCAGGCCUCGCACUCGCCCCCUGCGCCGCCGCGGCCCCGCGGCUCGUCCCCGGUCUGCCUGUACACGGACAGCGAGGAGGAGGACGAGGACCUGCAGCUGGCGAUGGCCUACAGCCUGUCGGAGAUGGAGGCCGCGGGGCAGCACCGAGCAGGUGUGUUCUGAGGGCCGCGCUGCGGGCACCUGCCACGCUCAGUCACCCAGGGAGGCUGCUCACGCCCGGACAUCGCUCUGUUUCCACCCCUGCCCCCCAGUGCCCCCGGGCUGCCCAGUGGGGGGGCUCUGUCGCUGUCUGCGCAGCAGGGUGUAGUCGGCUGUAGCUAGUGGAGGGGGGCUGGUUGCGCUGGGGGCACAGAUUCCAUCCUGGCUCCAGCCCUGGCCCAUGGCAUGCGCGUGGCCUGGCUGGGCAGUGCCCUGGCAGCGCUGCAGGCUGGCUGGGACGGGGGAAGGCGGGCUGGGGGCAGAGCCCUGGGCACCUCCAGCCCUGCUCUGCCAGGAGUUGCUGUGGCUGGGGUGGGAAGAGGCCUGAUUGCAGGGGUGGAGGCAGCCCAGGGCCAGGCAUCUCCCCCGCCCCCAUCUGCUCCUCCCUGUGGCCCUUCCUGGUUGUGGGGGCUGCAGCUGGAAGAGAUGGCGGGUUCCCCGUCAGAGCCUGCACCCUGCGAGAGGAUCUUACUCCACAACCCCCCCCUUCCCCUCACAGCGGGGCAGGAGCGGCGCGGAGGCUGCGGAUGCAGUGGGGGGCGGGGGUGGAAGGACGGUGCCUGGGCCCUGCGGUGCAUCUCCCUUGCUGCUGGGGGCUGUGCCACCCCCCCGGGUGUGGAGCCUGCUGUCAGUCAAUAAAUCGUUUGCAAUA